CUAUGUUUAGACCAGAGCAGCUAACCUGGCUCACUGGUCCCCAGCUGCAUUAACUUGUUGCUUUUCAAGCCGUCUCUGGAGGCUGUUGGUUCCUUCUGGCUGCAUCUGUGCCAGCUCUGAGUGGGGAAUCCCAAGGCUUCCUUGAGGAUGGAGGAAGUCCCAGGGCAGUGGGCAAUGUUAACGGACCCAGCGAUGACUCUGAAUAACGUCACCAUGCGCCAGGGCACUGUGGGCAUGCAGCCGCAGCAGCAGCGCUGGAGCAUCCCGGCCGAUGGCAGGCAUCUGACGGUCCAGAAAGAGCCCCACCCGUACAGCCAGCGCAGCCGGCACUCUGCUGCCCCUGAGGACCACUGCCGCCGGAGCUGGUCCUCCGACUCCACGGACUCAGUCAUCUCCUCCGAGUCAGGGAACACCUACUACCGGGUGGUUCUCAUAGGGGAGCAGGGGGUGGGCAAGUCCACUCUGGCCAACAUCUUUGCGGGCGUGCAUGACAGCAUGGACAGCGACUGUGAAGUGCUGGGAGAAGAUACCUAUGAGCGGACACUGAUUGUUGAUGGAGAAAGUGCAACAAUUAUACUCCUGGACAUGUGGGAGAAUAAGGGGGAGAAUGAGUGGCUCCAAGACCACUGCAUGCAAGUCGGGGAUGCCUACCUGAUUGUCUACUCCAUCACGGACCGGGCUAGCUUCGAGAAGGCAUCUGAGCUGCGAAUCCAGCUUCGCAGGGCCCGGCAGACCGAGGACAUUCCUAUAAUUUUGGUUGGCAACAAAAGCGACUUGGUGCGGUGCCGGGAAGUGUCCGUAUCAGAAGGGAGAGCGUGUGCCGUGGUGUUCGACUGCAAGUUCAUCGAGACCUCCGCGGCCGUCCAGCACAACGUCCGGGAGCUGUUUGAGGGCAUCGUGCGGCAGGUCCGCCUCCGGCGGGACAGCAAGGAGAAGAAUGAGCGGCGGCUGGCCUACCAGAAGAGGAGGGAGAGCAUCCCCCGGAAGGCAAGGCGCUUCUGGGGCAAGAUCGUGGCCAAAAACAACAAGAAUAUGGCCUUCAAGCUCAAGUCCAAGUCCUGCCAUGACCUCUCUGUGCUCUAGGCACCCGAGUCACCCAGAUGUCCCCCGAUGGACAUCACUGAAGGCCGUUGGGACCAAUAAUCUAUAUUAGAUUGGAUUCUUAAGUAUUGUUAGAUGUGGCUGGGAAUUAACAUGGUCGCCUGGUGGGCAACAUGCCACGUGGGAAAUGAAAGGUCUUUGUAAAGAGUCAGUAUUUAUUUACAGGAAAAGCCUGACCUUUGCUACCCGAACACCCAAGACUCAUUCGAGGUCGUGGUUGGUGUUCACAUGUGGUUCCUCUCUCCUUUGGCUAGUAGAGAGUUGAAGCCUACAAAAGAAUGCCUAGACAUUUUCGUUAUUAAAAUUUUGCCCAGGGUUUGGAUGUGUGGAUUUGAGGCCAAUCAGUGGGUCAUAAAGAAAUAUAGGAAAGCAGUAAAAGGAUUUUUUCCAAGGAGGCAGAACUUCUGUCUCUCUGCCUUAGAUUCGUGGAGCGAGGAUUGUAGAACUGGGCUCAUCACGAUCGUGGUUCUUAUUGCUCCAUGAAGCUGUGAGAAGAAAUGACGGACUUGCUGGAAAGUAAAGCUUAGCAAAACAAGUUUUGUUCAGUGCCCACAGUUGGGGAUCCUGAAUUUGUAGAAUUGGGAACUGAUACAUGUACCACUAAUGGGUUCAAAAAUUAAAUCUUUACUACUGUGUCUUAAUAAUUGUUUAUUUAAGGGCAAAAUUAUUUUAAUCAAAUUCUAUUUCGUCAAACCACCUUUCAUGUUUCAUUAUCUUUAAAAUCAUAGGGCCAUCAUAAAAAUAUCUUUAAAAUUGAAUUGUUGAGAACGUAGAGUGCAAAAUGCCAAAUUUUUAAGUAUAAUUGAAGGUCUGGAUUUUUAUAAAACAGAAAACAUAAAUACUUACAGUUCUUUGGGUUGACCCUUGUCUGCCACAGCUCUGCUCUAUUUAUUAUUAUUUUGCAAAAUAACAACCAUUUUAACAUUUGAUAAAGCAUAUUUAUGAACAUGUUUCUUAAUAAGAAAAAUGCCCAUUUUAUUACCAUUUUCUAUCUUUUUCAGAAUAUGCAAGUUUUUACCUAUAUGUCUUAUAAUAAAAGAAAUAAAAUCGUUGGAAAAAAAGGCAUUUCUAAAUGUUUUUUCUCUCCAAACAAGAUGAUUGUGAUCAUUUUGAUAAUAGCUUUUAGAGCAGGCACAUUCUAAAGAAACAUAUCUAUUGUUUUAUGCCUUCUCUUCAUUGGCUACUGCCCCGUCAUGGUCAAGUUUUAGAGUGUCCCUGACAUCCCUCCUUUGGAAUGUGGUUCACAAUAAUGCAAAGGGAGUUUUGGCUGAUACGUUAGGAAGUAUUUGGGGUCAUGCAUAUGCUGAGUUCCAGUAAAAGCGAGAUGGACCUUU